AUGGGGGUUUGGUUCGACUCGGGCAUGCGAAUGACUUCAGACGUCAUAGAAAUCAGGGAUAAAACGACUGGCAUCAUCCAGCAUCUGACGAGAAUAACUCCCAAUAUCGGAGGACCUCGCGUGGAAAAAAGAAGACUUCUCGCUUCGGUAGUUCAUUCGACCAUACUCUACGCAUCGCCGAUCUGGGACAGAUCCAUGCGUUUCAAGCAUUACGAAAACAUGCUAGAAAGGAUAAAUAGGAAGUUAGCACUCAGGGUUGCAUCGGCAUACUGCACAUGUCCAACAGUAGCGGUACUGUGUCUUGUUAAGAUACAUCCAGUCAGUCUACUGAUCCAGGAAAGAAAUCAAAUAUAUAAAAAUGGACCUUUCUUCCGGAAAGAGGCCAGAAACAUGGUACUAGAGCAAUGGCAGACACGAUGGGAAGCAUAUAGCGGAUGGACAAAGACUUUCAUACCCAAUAUUAAAAAUUGGAUAAAAUGCGACCAAGUAAACACGGACUACUACCUCACGCAAGCCAUGACUGGUCAUGGAGUAGUUGGCUAG